AAAUAAAUAGCAACAAAAGUUUAGUUAUUAUAAAAACUAAUGUGGCCCACUGUUGCUGCAUCUAACUGCAAGUGAGAGAGAGAGAGGACGGCAAGAGAGAGCGCGAAAGAGAAACGAAAGAGCCACAGAAAUUGUUAUUGUUUUUCUUAUUAAUUUUUGUUGUCGCCGCUGCUGCUGAGAUUUCACCUACUCUGCCUAGCCUUUGCCUGCGUGGAAGAACGUUUAAAACGUAAAAAUCCCAUAUAUGUUUAUGGCCAGCUGAUUAGAUCAGAGCCAGGCCCAACCAAAGAAUCAAUCAAAUAGCAGCAGCGGAAUAAGAGUGGCAGUAAAGCUAGCGGAGUCAGGUGCGGGGGUGCGUCAGUAGUAUGAGUAAUAGUGCAGAAAGUAACGGCACUUCUCGCCGCACAGUGGACUGGCAGCGGUUUGGUUUGGGCAACGAAGAUGAUGAAUCCGGAGAGGUGACGGUUAGCAAUUUUCGCCAACGUAAUCAUCACAAUAACAAUACGGGAGGAUUUGUUGAUUUGGGCAAUGAAUAUACAUAUGCGGCCGGUGGUCAUCAUGCCUCGGGGGCAAAUGAAAUAUUUGCCGGCGAGCAGGGCGAUAAACCCUGGUGGCGUUCAAAUUUCUUCAUCUCUCAACCUGUGCUCUUUGGCACUUGGGAUGGCGUCUUUACAUCCUGCCUGAUUAAUGUCUUUGGCGUUAUUGUAUUCCUUCGUUCCGGAUGGAUUGUGGCCCAGGCAGGCAUUAUUAAUGCUGUCCUCAUUAUAUUCUGCACAGUGGUCAUUGCCCUGGUCAGUGUCCUAUCGGCUAUAGGUAUCUGUGAACGUUGUCGCGUGGAGAGUGGUGGAGUGUAUUUCCUUAUAGCCCAUACACUAGGUUCACGUUUUGGUGGAUCUUUAGGCUUGCUGUAUUGCUUCGGCCAAGCAGUAGGUUGCGCAUUGAAUGUCAUGGGUUUUGGCGAAUCGAUGGCCGGUCUGGUGGGUCUGGCCGGUAGUAAAUGGGCCAUUCGAGGAUUUGCCACUGCCGCAGUCCUGCUUCUCGGCUGCAUCAAUGUGGCUGGCGUUAAAUGGGUAAUCAAAUUGCAAUUCAUAUUGCUAAUGAUUUUACUAAUAUCGGCGCUGGACUUUAUGGUGGGCAGCUUUAUAGGCGAGGAUCCGAAAAAUGGUUUCGAUGGAUGGGUGAGCAAUAACUUUGUGGAAAACCUGUGGCCUAAAUAUCAAAACGAAUAUACUUGGUUCCGUGUCUUUGGAGUGUUCUUUCCCACAGUCACCGGGGUACUUUCCGGCAUUAAUAUGAGCGGAGACUUGCGCGCUCCCUCAACGGAUAUACCAAAUGGCACCUUGGCUGCCUUUGGCACUUCAACAUUUUUGUAUUUGGUUUUCGUAUUGUUUUUGGGUGCCACCUGUCAGCGAGCGAUUUUGUAUGAUGAUUUCAUGAUUGCCGUCAAAGUGUCGGCAGUACAUUUUCUCUUAUUGGCUGGCAUUUAUGUGUCCAGCAUGUCUUCAUGUUUGGGCGCCAUGUAUGGUACACCCCGUGUCCUUCAGAGCAUAUCCAAGGAGAGUGUUAUACCUGGCAUCGAUGUUCUAGGCAAAGGACGCGGACCCAAUAAGGUGCCACUUUAUGCCAUGGCGGUGGUGGCUGUUGUCACAGUCACCUUCAUUAUAGUCGGUGACAUCAACUUCCUGGCCCCCAUAGUGACAAUGCCAUUCCUGAUGACCUAUGCCUGUAUUGAUUAUGCGUACUUCGCUUUGGCCCAGACAUUUGAUAUACAGGAGCAACGCGAGGAACGGUUUCGCAUACAGGCCUCGAGCCCUAGCUAUGAGACCAGACGAUAUGGCAGCGUCUCCGAUGGUGGCAAUGAUUUGGAUCUCUUGUUUCCGGAUCGUGUGCGUCAUAAAAAUUUACAAAGCCCACAAAAUUCACCCAUGCAUCAAGUGGAACAGCCGAUGCCAUCAAGAGAAAGGGAAUUAAAUGGACAAGAUGAGGCAACAACUUCACAUCAAAACUCAACUGCAGCAGCAAGAGACAUUAAUGGGCUUAAUGUGGCUGGCGAUGCAGCAGCCACAACGGUUUCCGUUGAUCCACAAAGUGCAACAAUGCAAACUGAACUGGAUGAUGAGAAUGAACCUAUUGCCCCCAUCCGUCCGCCCAUACAUUCGAAGACGAAAAACUGGUAUUCCGGCUUCUGUAACCGUUGGGCUUCACUGCUUGGAGCCGUGACAAAACUAUUGGUUAUGCUGUUGGUAAACUGGUAUUAUGCCUUGACGUGUUUUCUCGUCGUUUUCGUCAUCUGGUUUUAUGUGGGCACUGCCAAUCCUGCCGUCAAGCCUGGUCUCACAGCUGAAUUCAAUUUCUUUGCCUGGCUCAAGAGUGUGAUAUUUCGUUGCUUUGGUAAACGUAUGCAUGAGUAUGAGCAAAUUGUGGUCACACCUUCGUGUCCUAAUGUGGAUCUAUCGCCCACUCAGCUUAAUGAACAAAAUGAGGAUUUCCGACCACGUCCCAACUAUCAUCAUUCAUCUGUGAUUGAGGGUCGCCUUAUUGAUGAUAUAUAAAGAGAGAGAGAGAGAAAUAGUGGCGAGUGGUGUGAAAGGUAGGGCAAGGGAGUGUGUGAGGCUGUGGCAAGCAAUAUUUAAAAAACCAAACUAAACUUUAUAUAUAUAUAUAUAUGCAUAUGUAUUCACUAUGUGUCUGUGUUUCUAUAUAUAUACAUAUAUACCUAUCUAACUCGAUGUUUAUAUGUGUAUAUCUGUAUAAGAGUCGUGUUUAGUUAACAAGCUUAAACUAGCAGCACUUCCUCUGUAUCACUCUAGGCUGAUGAAUUGAUGGAAAUUUGUCUUCAUUAUAUCUGACCAAAAUUAAUUUUCAAAUUUUAACCAUUUUAACGUGUGACUUAAUAUUUUUGUUGUUUGCAAAUUUCCUUCAAUUCUCUUCAGUUGAAAAAACAGUCCUUUUAAAAUUAAAUCGUGGCUAUAAAAACACUAAUAUUAAAUAUUUACUAAUUUUAAGUUUAAUAUUUUGCAUUUUUUUGGUUUUAAAUCGUUUUUUUUUUUUUUAAGAGGACUAUUCUCAAUUCCUAUUCCGAUUUCAAAUUGUGUGAACAUUUUCCGGAAUUGCAAAUAGGUUCCCAACUUUCGUUUUUGUUCAGUUUUAUUUUGCUAAGCGUGUAAAAUUGUUGCUAAAUAAUGAAUAUGUUUCCAAA